UAAUACACAAUUCGGCUAAUACAAUAGUUUAUAAUAAAAUACAACCUCGUCCUACCUCACUUUCGACGCCAUCUUUAAUCUUGCCGUCGUCACAAUAUAAAAGGUACAAUUGGUUCGAAUUCCACCAAUCGGAGAGAGCAGGGAUAACUUUUAAAUUCAAAUUUGUAAUAUGCGCUGUUUUCCGGCCACGCUAUUGGACGAUCGGACGGCUGUCAACUAAUCAGGCUCUGAGAUACGACGAGAAAACGUAGAGAGUAGUCAAUGAUGAAAUAGAUUAUUUUAUGAGUAGAAGAUAACUCGUGAAUAUUUUCAGCCGGGACAAAAGUACAGAUAUGAACUAUUGGAGUUUGAAUUAACGAGGAUUUCCUGUAUCAUUAAACUAUUUUUAAAUUAAUUUUGGAUGAUCCAUUUGGAAAGGAAGAAAUCUCUUAUUUGCUAUGCAAAGUUUAUAUAAUGAAACUUUUGUGCAAGAAUGAGUUCGACCCAAUCAAUAGAUCAUUCCUUGCAUAAUGCAGCUACAAUUAACGAAAGCAGACAUCACGAUACUCUUAAUGGCGUCGAAGAAACCGAGCAGGCUCAACUGUUUGAAACAUUACAAAAUAUUGUUUCGCUCGAUGCAAGUACUCUGCCACAGACCACCAUUUCUCAGCCAAUUAAUGCUAAUCUACUGCAGGCUUCGGCACCGAUCAGUCAUAUGUCAAUGACGAAUAUGUCAAUUCAAUCUUCUUUGCCGCCGUUUUCCGUGCCUACAAAUAACAACAUGGUGUCGACUUGGUUAAAUAACAAUUUGCUAAAAGUACAAUCUAGACCCAUAGCUUCUUCAGGGAUUCUUCCACCUGUUACGGAAUUACAUCCUGCAUUGCGCGCAGCUAGCAAUUUUAGAUUGUUAGAACUUAACCAGUCUUCAGUCAUCCCUUCUUGUCCGACGAGUAUACAGCCAGUUACUCAAAACAUUCUUCCAAUUUCUGAGAACAGUAAUAAUAUGAAUAAAAGUCCAGUUUCCAAUAAACCUCAUGCUUUCACAAUUGCAAACAAUGAUAAUAAUUCCCUUCAUCAUAUUUCAGUUUCAAAGGUGAAAUUACCAAAUAUACAACAACCAUUAGUUCAGCAGUCAUUACCUCUUAAUUCCUUACCUAAUAUCUCAGUUUCAAAUGGUAAUCAGCCAUUCGAAAUGCUAACAAAUAACUUAGUGACGUCGCAGUCGAUGGAACCGGAUAAUCUAAUGAAUUCUCUUGUAUCCACUUCAUCUGUCACAAAUUUAUUAUCGAAUAAUUUGAUGGGUUGUAGUCCAUCUUUAAUAAAGGCAUUUGGAUUGAAUGCACAAGAUGAAAAUCUAAAUUUAUCUGCAAAUACUUGUAAUAACGGCAUGUACGAUAACAUUGGUAAUCAAACAUUACAAACUUCGGUAGCAGAAAGUCAGUAUCAGAAACAAAUCGUUAAUCAUUCUAACCAACUUUCUAACGAUACUCAGACUUACUUCACAGAUCUUUCUACUCAAGCAUUAACAUUGUCUACUCCGAUAUUAACUUCUUCCGGUACCGCGUCAGAUAGGUUUGCGAAACAUUCACCUAAUUUAAAUGCAGACUCUUCCGAGGAUACCACUCUCUUGUCAUCCAUCGAAGAGACACGAUGCUUCAAAUGCAAGUUCUGUACAUUCAUUAGUCUUCACAAACAUCUAGUCAUAUCUCAUUUAAAAUCAUCUCAUCAUAAGAAUUUAGAAAUUUCGGAACCAUUAAAGAUUAGAAAUGAAGUGCCCAUAGAAGUGAGUAAGAUGCCAGACAAUAAUUUAGAACAAGGGAAUAUUUUAAUUGAGAGAGAGAAUGUAAAUUACAAUUCAGAAGCAACUAUAUCCUCAAAUUUGAUAAAUCAAAAGGAUAUAAAUAAUACUCCAGUUUCGGAAGAGACCGACAAUCGUUUUCUCUGCGGUAAAUGUCGUAAGGGUUUUUCGUCUCUCGAAGCAUGUCGCCAUCACAUGGUUUCGGAUCAUAGUGUGAAAUGGAAACGUGUCCGUCUAGAACGAAUAGUCAGCACUCAGAAUUCCGGAGUAAAUAAGUCAAAUGGAAACCAAAACGUAACUGUAAAUAAAUCGGGAGUUAUUCUUUUGGAGUUGAACAGUAAAGGAACAACGCCGACGACAAAAGCCAUAAAUCAAAAGUUUAAAAAGUCGAGAGAGAAUAAAAAUGAACCGGAAACCAAAUUAGUGAUUGCAAUGAAGAGACAGAGAGGAGAAGUAACUUCUCGUCAGAAAUCUUGGCAAAGAAAAUUAAAGAGAGAGUACGGAUCAUAUAUCUGCGAGUUUAAAGGUUGCAACAUAAGGUUUCGACAGUUAGACAAUUUAGAAUAUCAUUGUAAGUGCCACGUCGCCGGUUGUUCUGCAUUUAAUUGUCCCGAAUGCGGAAAUCGCUUCGAACAUUGGGGUAACAUUGCCGGACAUCUUUGGCGUCACCAUUCUGUAGAUUUAGAAUUACAUGCUUGUGAUCAGUGUUCUUUUCGGUAAGUCCUUUUCAGAUUUGACCACGGUGGGGGAUUAUGGGGCACAUCUGAACAGAUCACCCGUAAAAAUUUCCUGAAG